GCGAACUAAUAAGGCAGGGUCGGGACCGCAAGAGGUCGCCCACGGAGUCUCCUGGUUGAACAGAUCCAGGCUAUUAUCCGGUGGCUCGUCGGUCAUUACGACCGGCGAAUCGAGUCAUUUGAGGAGAUAGUGCGAUCUUGGAAGCUCGGAUGCCAUUGGCAGACCCUUAAAUCAGCCGUUGAGCGUGAGGGAUUCCAGAAGUGCCGUGCCUGUCAAAAACCGUAUAUCAAGGAGGAGAACCGGAUCAAGCGCUACCAAUUCGCUCAGGACCACCGCCUUUGGACUCCCCUCUGGCGAUACGUUGUCUUCUCAGAUGAGGCCCAUUUCCAUCUUGGUAUGGAGAACUCAAAGUGGGUAAUCCGCGGGAAAGAGGAGCGGUAUUGCCCUGAUUGCAUUCAGCAUAGGAAAAAGAGACCAAAAAAUGUCCUCCACGCCUGGGGUGCCGUAGGGAUGGGAUAUAAGAGCCACCUCGUAUUCUACGAAUACCACAAAAAGGAGAGGCCGGGGGGUCGCGAAUCUGGACUCAAUAUGACCCGUUACCGCGACGAGAUCUUGAAGCCCUAUAUCGUCCCCCUUUUCCAGCGUUUUCGGAAGGAAGGGAGGCCCUUCCUCCUCGAGGUUGAAAAUGAUGGGUGCCACGGAACCCGGAGCAAGACUAAUAGGGUGAAAAAGUUCAUGUCUGAAUGGGGGAUUCCUUGGUAUGCGGACCUCCAGAUAUGUCCCCAAUUGAGAACGUCUGGAGGAUCCUAAAACAGCGCUUAAAACAGCGUAAACGGCAUCCCAAAACUCAGGGAGAGCUCAAGGAUGCGAUCAUCGAUGAAUGGAACAAGAUUCCACAACAUGAGAUCGAUUCCUAUAUCGAAUCUAUGCCUGACAGGAUGGCAGAGAUUGCAGAGCGAAAUGGGCUUCAAUCACGUUAUUAAGAGCUCAACGCCUGAAACUCUCGCGACAUUACUAUUUACAUAGAAAUCUACAGCCUCAAAUUUACAUGUGAACCGCCUGGAAAGUGAUAUUUUGCUGUAUGAGUGGUUUGAUGGUGGUUUUGGUGGUGCUGGGCAGGGGGCCUCGAAUUUGGCCCUAUCACGAUUUUCUCACACAACCCUCGGUUGAGGUGAGGCAAGAGGGGGGUCUAUAGCUGCCCUGCACCACCGCAUUGUGUCGGGGAAGUACAUAUUGGAAUUGAGAUUCAGAAAAGCCAUGGAUAUUAACUAA